UGGCCCGACCUUAAAGGGGAGGGAACAUAAAGAGACUGGCGUCCUUUAACACGAGCCAGGCUGGUGUCUGCCCCUUUAAGGGCGGGGCGUCCGGACAACUGAAUCCGAGCCCCAGAUUACCCUGAGUUUCCGUCGCCGGCUGCUCGGAAAGGCUCCUUGGUUGGGUCCGGGUGCUCAGCGGCGGCGGCGGCUCAACCCCGCUCGUCCUCCCCGGGCCCGGAGACACCCCCGUUCCAGUCAUGCUGAGCCGAGUAUGGAAGCGGCUGACUAUGAAGUGCUAUCCGUGCGAGAGCAGCUAUUCCACGAGAAGGUCCGCGAGUGCAUCAUCUCAAUACUUCUGUUUGCGGUACUCUACAUCCUCUGCCAUAUCUUCCUGACGCGCUUCAAGAAGCCUGCUGAGUUCACCACAGUGGAUGAUGAAGAUGCCGUAGUCAACAAGAUUGCGCUUGAGCUGUGCACCUUCACCCUGGCGGUUGCCUUGGGUGCUGUCCUGCUCCUGCCCUUCUCCCUCAUCAGCAAUGAGGUGCUGUUCUCACUGCCACGAAACUACUACAUCCAGUGGCUCAAUGGCUCUCUCAUCCAUGGCCUCUGGAACCUCGUUUUUCUCUUCUCCAACCUGUCCCUCAUCUUCCUCAUGCCCUUUGCAUACUUCUUCACUGAGUCUGAGGGCUUUGCUGGCUCCAGAAAGGGUGUCCUGGGCCGGGUCUAUGAGACCGUGGUGAUGUUGAUGCUUCUCACACUGCUGGUGCUGGGAAUGGUGUGGGUGGCAUCUGCCAUUGUGGACAACAAGGCCAGCAGGGAGUCGCUAUAUGACUUGUGGGAGUACUACCUCCCCUAUCUCUACUCCUGCAUCUCUUUCCUUGGCGUCUUGCUGCUCCUGGUGUGCACUCCACUAGGCCUUGCCCGCAUGUUCUCGGUCACUGGGAAGCUGCUGGUCAAGCCCCGGCUACUAGAAGACCUGGAAGAACAGCUGUACUGCUCAGCCUUUGAGGAGGCUGCUCUGACCCGGAGGAUCUGUAAUCCCACCUCCUGCUGGCUGCCUUUGGACAUGGAGCUGCUGCACAGACAAGUCCUGGCCCUGCAGACACAGAGGGUCCUGCUGGAGAAGCGGCAGAAGGCUUCAGCCUGGCAGCGGAACCUGGGCUACCCUCUGGCCAUGCUGUGCUUGCUGGUGCUGACUGGCCUGUCUGUGCUCAUUGUUGCCAUCCACAUCCUGGAGCUCCUCAUCGAUGAGGCUGCCAUGCCACGGGGCAUGCAGGUUGUACUCAUCUUGUAUCCUUCUGGAAACUCAGCAUUGCCUCUGCUUGCCAGAACUGUCUCCUGGGACUCUGGACAGGGCUCCUCUGGGGCUCUUUACUUGAUGGUGUCCUCGGUCGUGGGCUUCUACAGCUCUCCACUCUUCCAGCGCCUGCUGCCCAGAUGGCAUGACACAGCCAUGACUCAGAUAAUCGGGAACUGUGUCUGUCUCCUGGUCCUGAGCUCAGCACUUCCUGUCUUCUCUCGAACUCUAGGGCUCACUCGCUUUGACCUGCUGGGUGACUUUGGACGCUUCAACUGGCUGGGCAAUUUCUACAUUGUGUUCCUCUACAAUGCAGCCUUUGCUGGCCUCACCACGCUCUGUCUGGUGAAGACCUUCACAGCAGCUGUGCGGGCAGAGCUGAUCCAGGCCUUUGGGCUGGACAGGCUGCCGCUGCCUGUUGCUGGUUUCCCUCGGUCAUCUAGGAAGACUCGGCACCAGUGACAUCCAUCUGGGGGCGAAAGGAAAAAACUGGAUGCUGCCAUCUGCUGCCUAGGCCUGGAGGGGAAUCCUGAGGAAUUGGACCUCAGGACCUAGAAUCUGAGAAGAUGAGUGGCAGAGGGGAACUGAGCCAUCUUCACUGUUGCAUAAUCUGAGCCAGAGUUUGGGACCAGGACUUUCUUUUCCAGACUAGCUAUGGCCUCAGCAUGUGAUAGGGCUGGGUGACCUGCGUCUGGCUCUUGGUUCCAAAUCCAUUUACACAUCAAUCUGCCUCACCUCUGUUCUGGGCCUUGCCCGAAGCCGUGUUUACAUGAUUUGAUGUGCAAUAGGGUAGGGUGAGGGUGGGAGGGACUGGGCCAGGGCAGGCUUAAGAGAGGCAGGUUGUCUCCCAUGCUUUGCCCAGCAGAGCCUAAGCACUGUGCUAUCCUGGAGGGGCUUCUGACCAUUGGAGAAACUGAGAGCAUAGGGAGGAGUCUAUCCAUCAGCAAUAAAGUUGAUC